AUGGCCCUUGUGUGGUGUGGUGUGUUGAGUGCCGUCACCCACUCACAUUUUUGUGCUUUUCGGGCUUGCGCGUGUAACAAAGCAAUGAACAGAUCUUCUCUCGGCUACUAUUCUUCCGAUUACUCCUCAGUCCGUGGCAACACAAACGCAAGCGAUACAAACGACAGCAGCAACAAAAACGUCUCUACCGCCUCUACCGCCAUCUCUUCCACCUCGUCUCCCACCCCUAACCCCCUCCCUCCUCCCCAUCCGUCCAACAACCCCAACCUGAACAACCCUAACCGCAGUUUCGCAGCUGAACAACACGCUUCCGCGUCUCACAUCUCCAACUCUAGUUUUCCUUCUGCGGCCGGCUACCCCACGUCUGCAUCCUACAGCAGCACCCAGAACAGCAACACCAGCAACAGUAACACUAGCAGCAACAUGUACCCCUACAGUCAGCAGCCCCAGUACUCGUCGUACUACGGCAACGCGUCGCACCAGUACCCUGGGUACCAGCAGGCCAACCCCUCCGGCUCUCCCCAGGCCACUGCUUCCCCCCAGCAGCAUGCUCCCGGUGGCCAGCCCGGUGGUGCCAACACCCACCUCAUGUACCAGCAGCCCAUGUAUGGCUACUCGCAGCCACACGUGCCUGCCUCGUCCCAGAGUGGCGGCUCCGCCCCUUACGGCAUCUCCUCGCAGCUUGCAGGCGCCGUGCUUGCCGCUGCAGCCCUCCCCGGCGGACCCUUGCCCAUCACCAUUACAGACCCCACCGGUCAGAACCCCCCACCGGGCGUCAAGCCCAAGGUGACCACCACGUCAUGGGAGGACGAGGGAACACUGUGUUUCCAGGUCGAGGCCCGAGGCAUCUGCGUGGCGCGUCGAGAGGACAACGACAUGAUCAACGGUACCAAGCUCCUCAACGUGGCCGGCAUGACCCGAGGCCGACGAGACGGUAUUCUCAAGGGAGAGAAGCUGCGUCAUGUGGUCAAGGCCGGCGCCAUGCAUCUCAAGGGCGUGUGGAUCCCUUAUGAUCGAGCCCUCGAGUUUGCCAACAAGGAGAAGAUCAUCGAUCUGCUCUUCCCCCUGUUUGUGCGAGACAUCAAGUCCGUGCUGUACCACCCUGCCAACUACGCCCGAACCGUGCAGCCCAUGACUUCUGUGGAUGUCAAGCGAGAGGAGGACGGUGUUGCCGGCCAGCAGCAGCAGCAGCAGGGUCAGCAGCAGCAGGGUCAGGUCCAGCCUGGCCAGCAGCCCGGCCAGCAGCAGCAGCAGCCUGGUCAGCAGCCCGGUGUGCAGCAGCAGCAACAAGGUGGCGCCCAGCAGCAGCCUCCGGCCUCGUACCGAUCGCACCACCUGGACCAUCUGCAGUCCGUCGAGCGGUCCACCUCCACGCCGCCUCCUGCUUCCCAGUCGUCCUACUACUACCAGCACUCGAGCACCUCGGACGGCUUUGAGAGCCCCGGUCCCUCGUCCUUUUCGACCCCCGGCUCGCGCAUCAACACCCCCUCCACCGCCGAGUACUACCAGCAGGGCAACCCCGCCUACAAGGCUGCUCCUACUUCUGCCUCUGUGAGCAACCCCCCGGCCUCCUCUUCUGCGCAGUCUACUCCCCAGGCCCAGCCCGCCCAGCCUCCUCAGGCUAACGGCGCUGUCAACGGCCAGGCCAACGGCAAGGGCUACUCCAACUACAUGCCCCAGAUCUACCAGAGCCAGACUGCCUCGCCCGCCGCCUCCGAGCCCCAGGCCAAGGAGGAGGAAAAGGUGUCUCUCCCUUCUAUGCACCAUGAGUAG